GCUCCGUUCGGUUUAAUAGCAGCGACCGACCUGUGCGAGUGUAGUUUGUUUAAGUGCAAAAGUGAAUCCUUUAACGUGAGCGCUCCCAUCGCCAUCAUCGCGGUGGAUGUGAAAAUGAACGGUCCCAGCCAUGAUCCGAUCAUCAUCCAGACGGUGACACAAAAGUUCCGCGAGGGAGAAUCAAUACUGGCCAUACUGGAAGCGUAUCAAAUCGCUGGAAAUAGCUUUCAGAACCGAUUGCUCGUGACGGUGAGCUCCAGCACGGCGGCGGCCCUCUUUUCGUUCUCCAUCUCCCGCUACCCACCGGAAAGCAUCUCCGACCUCACGAUCAGCGCCGUGUUCCCGAUCAAUGAGUCAUUCAACGUGAAUCCGGAAUCGGGGUUCGCUUCCGUGUCGAGCCACCAGUUUGCCAUCUACUCUGACGGCCAACCAACGACGUUCUACUACCGCGUAUCGGAUGAUGGCAGUAGCGCGAAGGAUAAUUUUCUGGAGAGCUUGGUAACGCUGAUCGCUUCCUACCGGGCCGUACCGGAAGCGGCCCGUUCGGCACAAGCAUUCGAUUGGCUCGACUACUACCGCCCGGCCGACCGCAGUCUGCUGGCCAUCGAUCGCAGCGUGGCCGAUGGAAGCCAAGCGCCGAAAACACGGGACGCCAAGUUCCGCGAGGAACUGGAGCGUCGCCGACACGAGUACAUUGUGCACGAGCCGUACCGCGUGUACACGGGGACGUGGAACGUUAACGGGCAAACGUCGGACGACAUUGAGCUGCCGGAAUGGCUGGCCACGACCGAACAGCCACCGGAUAUCUACGCCGUCGGUUUUCAGGAGAUCGAAUGGACGCCGGAGAAGAUUCUAAUGAACGAAACGAAGAUCGAUCGCACUUGGGUCGAUAAGGUAAUGAACGGGCUGCACAAGGGUGCCACCUACACGGAAGUUGUUUCAGUACGGUUGGUCGGCAUGAUGCUAACCGUCGCUGUAAAAAGUUCUAUUUAUCCGAAAAUUUCCGAUUGUCUAACGGGUUCCGUCGGCACGGGAACACUUAAAUGGGGCAAUAAGGGUGGAGUUGGCGUAAGCUUUCAGCUGAAUGAGGCCUUGUUUUGCUUCGUCAAUACCCAUCUGGCGGCCCACACACAGGAACUGGAGCGUAGGAACGACGACCACGACGAAAUCAUCCGCCGGAUGUCAUUCGACAAUGGCUUCCGGAUGCGUUCGAUUGACGAGCAUCACCAUAUCUUUUGGAUCGGCGAUCUCAACUAUCGGCUCGAUGGACCGGAAAUCUCUCAGGAGUACGUUAAUCGCAAGGAUCGCGACUACAACCAGCUCUAUCAGUACGAUCAGCUGUACUUGGAAAAGCGUCGGAAUCGGGUGUUUCGCGACUAUAAAGAGGGCAAGAUACUGUUCGGGCCAACGUACAAGUUUAACCCGGGCACGGACGAGUGGGACAGCAGCGAGAAGUGCCGUUCGCCCGCCUGGUGCGAUCGGAUACUCUGGAAGGGCCAACGGAUCGAGCUGCUGCGGUAUGAAAGUGUCAUGCAGCUGCGCAAGAGUGACCACAAGCCAGUCUAUGCGCAUUUUAACGUCGAAGUCCAGACGAAAGACCAGGCGAUGCUGAAGCGAGUGAGCGAAGAAGUGCUGAAGACGGUAGACAAGUACGAAAACGACAAUCAACCGCAGAUUACGGUCGAACAGACGGAUCUCGAUUUUGGAUUGAUACGCUUCAAACAGAAGUACUCGCGGGAGCUGCUGGUGGCCAACAACUGUCAUCUGCCGGUGCGCUUCCGGUUCGCCUGCAAGGACGAUCGCACCGCGCAGGUGUGUGACGAUUUUAUCCAUAUUAGCCACACCUCCGGCGAGCUGCUAACCGGCAACAGUCUCAGCAUUCGCAUCGACAUCCUGAUCGACGGUGGGCCGGCAUCGCGCAUGUUGAGCAAGCUGAAGGACGCCCGGGCCGGCAUCAAGGUGCCGCUCGACAUUCUUGUGCUGCACGUCGAGAAUGGGCGAGACAUUUUCAUUACCAUCUUUGGCGAGUAUCGGCCCAGCUGUUUCGGUGUUUCGCUCGACUCGCUCAUGAAGCUGAAUCGACCCGUCUCCGAGUACGCCAUCCACGAGCUGGUGGGGCUCGAUCGAGAGGAGAAGCUGAUCGAUCUCACGGACGAUGAGCCGCAGGCUGCUGGCACUGGCGGCCCUGCCAGUGGAAACCUUCGCAUUCCGCGCGAAAUCUGGCGUCUGGUGGAUUAUUUGCGCAAGAAUGGCAUGCAAACGGCACAACUGUUCACGCCGGGUCGGAAGUUUGCGCAACACGAAAAUGUACUCGAAAUACGCGACUGGCUCGACAGUUGGUCGUCGGAGGUGUUUCCGGGUGUUCCACAAACGGCGGCUGAAGCCCUACUAUUGCUGCUGGAAGCCCUACCGGAGCCGGUUGUGACGAUCAGCGAGCGUGAAUGCAUUGUCAAUGCGGACAAUUUCGAUCGCUGCAAGGAACUGCUGCGAGCGAAGCUUAAACCCGUCAAUCGGCUCGUGUUUCUGUACAUCUGUCGAUUUCUGCAGGAUCUGAGGGUGGCAAACGCAACCACGCGGAUCGAUGUUAUCGCGGCUCUUUUCGGGCGCACUCUUAUUCGCAGCCAACUUCCACCGAAGGCGGAUUACGGCAACAGUAUUUAUGUGUACACCGACGGCGAACGGGACCAGCGGAGACGCUUCAUGAUGACGUUCCUCAACAACAAUCUGCAGGAAUUUACACGCCAAGAAAUGGACAUCAACUGAGCGGAAGUUCACUCGAGUUAUUUCAAUGGUCUUCGGGACACAACCGCACAGACCUUAAACCCCUGGGAGGGUCAUAUAUCACGGUAGCGAGUUUGUGAGGCGUCGUGUCCGGCCCCCACCAGUAGCGUUAGUAUUCGAGUGUUUGUGGGCACGCAUUGUUUUCUUGUCUGUUGUGCGAUUGUGUAAAUAUAUGUGCCAGAGGGACCGGCCCCAUUGUUUUUCGUGUCUAGGAACAGGUGUUACCGUCGGGAUUGUGCGUUUCAAAACUGGCAAUAAAAGGACCGACACCGAUCGCAAGUAAUCGGGAG